AUGAUCGACGUUCAGUGGAUGGCAAUUCUCCUCACGGCAACGGCAAAGGUCGUGGCAGGGGUUCGCCCAGAGGAUAUCCUCCCAGCGAGGACAAUGAACGCGGUGGUGCUUCUGUGGGCGAAUAUUUUCCGCGCAGCGACGGCGGUAAAGAUGACAGGGGUUCUCCAAGUAGCUAUCCUUCAAGUGACGAGGACAAUGAUCGACGCUCAGGGCAUGGCAAUUCUCCGCACGGCAACGGCUAAGGCGUUCGACUUUUUCAAAAAGCCGAGUCGCGAGGCGUUUUUCCGGGUCCACAAGGCCUUGUUUUCGCUCGUCAAAAUGGUCCACGGUUAUAUGCAUGAGCUCCAGCUCUGCAAAGACCUUCUCAUUAUGCUCUUUGAGGCUCUUGAGUCGGACGAAAAAUUCAUGACCUAUUUAUUUUAUAAAGAUUAG